UUCUUCUUCCUCUCCCUCUUUCUUCGCACUUCACUUCUCUCACGCACUCCUCCCGCUUCAGUAGUGAUCGGCUCCACACUUGCACGCGUUUCACCGAGCGCCGCUGGAAACAAUGGGAGCAGAGCCGCUUUGUGUCGGACAGAGACUGACGCGCUCCUCUGUGUUUGUUUAGGACUUUCUGCUGAUAGUCUCAUAUAUUCAGGAUCUCAUUAUCGCGUUUAACACAAUGGGCUGCUGCAGCGGACGGUGCACCCUUAUAUUUCUGUGCACGUUUCAGUUGAUGGUGGCGUUAGAGAGGCAGGUGUUUGAUUUCUUGGGCUACCAGUGGGCUCCAAUCCUUGCAAACUUCUUCCACAUCCUGGUUGUCAUCCUGGGCUUGUUUGGCACCAUUCAGUAUAGACCUCGCUACAUUGUGGUGUAUACUGUGUGGACAGCGCUGUGGGUGGCCUGGAAUGUCUUUAUCAUCUGCUUCUACCUGGAGGUUGGAGGUCUAUCAAAGGACAGCGACCUCUUGACGUUUAACAUCUCGGCACACCACUCCUGGUGGAGCGAGCACGGGCCAGGCUGUGUCCGAAGAGAGAUCCCCGCCAGCGGAAACCGCAGUGCAGACACACAGUCCUAUAUAUCCAUCAUGGGCUGCCUGCUGGAGUACCAGUACAUUGAAGUCCUGCACAGCAGCUUCCAAAUCCUUAUCUCCCUGCUGGGUUUCAUCUACGCCUGCUACGUCAUCAGUGUCAUCACAGAGGAGGAGGACAGCUUUGAUUUUAUUGGUGGAUUUGAGCCAUUCCCACUCUACCAUGUCAAUGAGAAACCAUCUCAUCUUCUGUUAAAGCCUGUGCAUCAGUCUUCGUAAAUGAAAGUGUGUUGUGAAGAAGAGGCGCUCUGCCCAUUCCUCCUCUCUGCUCCUCACCUCCUGCCUCUCCUCUGUUUAAAACGCUUCCUAAUUGCCCUAAAUCAGCCCUUUCUGGAGUACUGGACAAAACACAGCUGCUCCAUCAGACGCUCUGGCACAUUGUUCCAGCUGCCUCAUUUAGACGCUCUUGCAAGUGGAUGUAAAACAUAUCUAAACAAAAAGGCCCAGUAUUUUGUUGGUGUGGUGUGUGGUCCAUGCGUUUGAGUUAUUCAAGGGGAGUUCAGAUGUUGAGGUUCACCGAGUUCCAGCUCUGUUUGUGUGUGUGGAGGAGGGCCAUUGUGUGCUGUUUACCUUCACACAGGAUUUGCACAGUAAAACCGAGCAGGGAGCCGAGAGGAGGAAAACGGGUGCGGCCCAAAAAUAAAAAAUAAAAUAGACAAAGCAAGCUGGCCUCCUGCGGCACUCAAAAAUAGAAGCAAAGGAAGUGUAAAAUAUAAAUACAAGAAACAAUUAGAGCUUUUCUGAGUUGUUUAGUGUCAUAGUUUAAUGUACAUUGCUCAUAAUUCACUGUAAACUUUUUUUAUUAUUAUUUUAAGACUUGAUUUAUAUGCAGUGAACCCCAAAUCACUGUAUUUAGACACUCAAAUCACACUAAACAAUGUAUUAUAGUCAUUAAAUUAGAUCAAAUAUACAUCUGGCUGAUUUGUUUUCAGAUGAUUAUUAAUUGAUUUGCAUCUAAUGCAAUGAAAAUUGUGCAUUUUAAGUGUUUUUGGGGUUACUGUGCAUGCUGUCAGUAUUUUUAAUGUUAAUAAUCCUCAUUUAUUGCACAAUGUGUUUGUAUCAGCCUUUAGAUUAGAUCAAACAGAAACUAGUUUGGCCUUCCUCUGGUAGUCACUGGCAGUACAAUUAUUAUAUAACCUCAAUUGAUAUUAUAACAGGACUGGCUGAUGUUGUGAAACAGAAAACGGUUUUUUCAUUUGAAUGGUGCUUUUGUGAUCAAAUAUUAGUUUGUGAACAAAUCGUCAGCAUGUCGUUCUGUGAAUAUGAGUAGCGGUUGAGUGGCUGUCAAUGUCUUUCACUGUAGAUGCGGAGCUACUGUAGCUGUUUACUGGAAACAUAAACCUCAAAGCACAAAUGACUGACCUGACGUGUAUCAUAGUGUGUAUGACAUGUUUUGAAGAGAGGGACUGUGUAUUUCUUUCCAAACUGAGAUGUGAAGGCCAAAGGUCAGUAUGUUUUUUCUAACUUUCAUAGUCACAUAGUUGCUUGUUUUCCCAGAUGUUUCAUAUCAUGAGGCUUGUGUACUGUAUGGGCAGCAUUUUGGGUGAUUGUGGCCUGAUGGUAAAGGAACUGGACAUUGCUAUUGCUUAUAAGUCCUUAUUUUUCCCUUAAAAUGCAAAAAGGAGAACUUUUGAAAAAUGCUCAUGUUGCUCUUUUUCCAAUCAAAGAAAGCACCAUAAAAGUGGUCACUCUUAACAUUAAAAGUUUUUUAUUGGCAUCUGUUUUUCCAUGAAGAGACUUUAACAUCCAUGGAACCUUUUAUGUAAUAGAUAUUGUUCUUUGCGAAGAAAAAAAAAAUUCUUUAAAGAACUGUUCACUGCAAGGUUAUUUGGCAACCCCCUUUUGACUUCUGUAUGUUCAAAGUCAUCUGAAGUCCUGCAUUAGCUUUGUGCUUUUGUUGCUUGGAAAAGAGCAGCUUGAACAUUCUACAAAACAUCUUCUUUUGUGUUCCUCAGAAGUACAGUUUUGUAUCAACAUAAGGGCAAGUUAAUGAUGAAAAUGUUCAUUUUUAGAUGAACUGCUCCUGUAAAUGUUGAAAUUAGGGGAAGCCGUAUCAAUUAGCAAUUACCUAAAUGGCAUAAACUAACGUUUUCAGCUUAAUAACAUUAGCUUACAGUUAUCUUGUUCAGUGUUCUGGUAGAUCCUCAUAUUGGUCAUGAAUCUAUCCUGCCCCCUAGUGUUCAAUGUCUUUCUGUACAAGACAACUCGACUCUACGGACCAGGAACAUUGCAUUUUGUACACACUCUCUGAAAAUACUCUUUUGUAUUUGUAGAGUUUAGGAUCUUCAACAUACUCCAGCAAUGGUAGUCUGCUGCAGAAGUGUCAUAAGGAGAAAAAGACUGAUAUAGAUUUAUAUCACACCUCUCCCCUCGUCUGUAUGUCUCUGUCUCUUUUUACAGGUGUUUUUUGUAAGCACUUUUUGUCUCUCUUUUCUGUGUUUGGUCUCUUCUCCAUAGUUCUUCAUUGACUGCCUGUCCAUCAACACAUGUUUGCUGACCAGAGUGUAAAUAGAUGUUUUGUUAAUAAAAGUAUGCUUUUCAUCUGCUGACUACA